CGUUGCAGUCGCGGAUUCUGUGGGGCUCUGACCUCAUUUCGGCAGCAUCGGAGCCGGGGCUUCGGCGCGGAUUCUCGGGCUCUCGGUGCCCCGAAGAAAACUUGCAGGCACAACAAGCUCUCCUCAGCAGCUGCGCGGUACCUAUCAAUCAGCCUGCCAUUUGCUAGCCGGUGUUCUCUGGCUGCAACCUCAGCCGAACCAGGCGCCCCUACCUCGGACCGUCCAUAUCCCCUCCCCUUCAGCGGUUUUUGCGCUAUUAAUAAGCAACCCCGCGCUUGCGCCGCGCCAGAUCUGACGCGACCAUGAGCGAAACACAUCCAGCGGACAGGAUCCUGAGCGUGGGUGGCCACGAUAUCGGCUACCCGCACGGCCACCUGGGCUACCUUACCCAGGACGAGGAGAAUAGCCUCAGGUCGUUCAAGGUCUACCUGGAGGAGAAAGGCCUGUACAAGUCCGGGCCGGAACCUUCCCACGACGACGGGACGUUGCUACGCUUCCUGCGGGCGCGGAAAUGGAGCAUCAAAGACGCCUACGGGCAGUUCAAGGACACCGAGGAAUGGCGGGAGGCAAACCAGCUCGAGGUGCUGUACGACACGAUCGAUGUCGACGCAUAUGAACAGACAAGGAGUUUGUAUCCCCAGUGGACGGGCAGGCGAGACAGGCGAGGCAUUCCCCUCUACCUCUUCCAGAUCCGGCACCUCGACUCCAAAACCGUCUCGGCCUACGAAAAAUCGGCCGAGUCCACCAACGUCAGCAAGGCACAGACGGACGGCUCCACGCCGCAACGGCUGCUGCGGCUCUUCGCGCUGUACGAGAACCUCACGCGCUUCGCGCAGCCGCUCUGCACGGAGAUGACGGACCGCGAGCACGCGCGCGCGCCCAUCACGCUCAGCACCAACAUCGUCGACGUCUCGCAGGUGUCGCUGCGCAUGUUCUGGAACCUGAAGGCCCACAUGCAGGCCGCCUCGACGCUGGCCACGGCCCACUACCCGGAGACGCUCGACCGCAUUUUCAUCAUCGGCGCCCCUUACUUCUUCAGCACCGUCUGGGGUUGGAUCAAGCGCUGGUUCGACCCCAUCACCGUGUCCAAGAUCUUCAUCUUGAGCGCGGGCGAGGUCAAGACCAAGCUGGAGGAGUACAUCGAGCCGCGCAAUAUCCCCAAGGCGUACGGCGGCGAGCUCGACUUUGACUUCUUCGAUCGGCCGAACGUGGAUCCCCGGAUCAGGGAGGCCCUGACAUGGGAGAAUGGGUAUACCGAUUUCCCCGACGGCCCGGCGUACUGGGUGCCCGUGGACGGCGGGAGGCGGUUGGCGUGUAUUGCCGUUGGGAGCAAAGGUGGGAAGGAGAGGCGGGAGACGGUGUGCACAAUUCCCGUGGCGAACGCACCACCGCAAGGAGAGGAACCAACAGGUGUGCCGGCGGCGACUGCUUCUUCCGCCGAGGAGGCCAUUGAAGGCGUUCAGAGCCUGUCAAUUGCCGACGACGAGGUGGCGAGCGAGAUGAAGGAGAAGGUGGCCGCUGAACGGCAGCAGGAGCAGAAGGCUCCGACUGUGUCUGCUUGAAAAACAAGGCCGUAAGAGAGUGCGCCGGUUGGAUGGUGGUUUGCAUAGAAGGCUUGGCAGCGUUGGCAUAUCCCAAAUGUCGCUAUAUACUAUUUCUGUUAUGUUAGCGGUGGGGUAGGGAAUGGUGACAUGAAGAGGAGGGGUGGUGUUGGGAGGGUGGUACAAGCACAGCUGUAAUUAUACAUGGGGGAAUGGUUGGAUGGAAGUGUGCUUGGAGGUUCUGGCCGGGGUAAAGGACUCGGCCCGUACAAUCAGGGAGCGGCUCACAGCGAAUAUAAAGCGGAAGUAGAAGUUUGCUAUUUAAGUCUAAAAUAU